CUUGUCUUUAGCUGUGACACUCUAAAUUAGUUCCCCAGACCUGAAGAAGAGCUCUGCAUAAACUCAAAACCUUGUCUCUCUCACCGACAGAAUUUGGUCCAAUAAAAGAUACUACCUCACCCACCUUGUACAUCUAAUAUCAUAGGACCAACAUGGCUUCUCCAACACUGCACAAAAUAUGGACAUUUUGCAGUUGUUUGUUGCACCAAAGCAGUCAGAGUGUUAACUCAUAUUAUUGACAAUCAAAAUCCAUUGUUUCUGUCAUCGAUCACAUCUCAUGACACAGAGCCUGCCUGGAGAGUGAAACUGAAUAUUCAUGGAAACACUAGUGACUUUUAAAUGAUCCAGAAGCAGACAUCUAACCUUCAACCCCUCCCAGAAUGGAAGUCACCUGACACAGCCCUGAAAGUACUCCGAACACAUGGGCCAGAGAAACAACUUUCAAAGACCAACAGUAUGGUGUGCCCCAAUGGUAGUAGUUAUAAAGAAAAGUGGAAAAAUACGAAUCUGUGUGGAUCUUAAAAGACUUAAUGAAGCAAUUGGGAGAGAAAAAUAUGUUCUCCCAACUCUGGAUGAUUUCCUUCCCAAAAUGAAAGGAACUAAAGUAUUCUCCCAAGCUGAAUGCCUCGAGCCAACUUUGGCAAAUUCUUCUAGACAAAGAAAGUGCUGAAUUGACACAUUUAUCAAACGCUUUGGGAGAUUUUACUUUCGAAGAUUACCUUUUGGAUUACCAGUGCACCUGAAAUUUUCCAAAGAAAGAUGGCAGAACUGUUAACGAACACAAAUGGAGUUGUAGUUUUCAUGGACAAUGUUUUGAUAUAUGGAUCUUCAAUGGAAGAACACAGCAAAACCUUCAAUAAAGCCCUUGGCCUAAUCAGUCAGACCAGACUGAAGUUAAAGAAAAGUGUGUUUUCCACCUACCCCAAAUUGAGCUUUUGGGACAGUCAAUAAAGAGAGAUGGAAUCAGUCUGAGCCUGAGAAAGUAAAAGGAAUCUGAGAAUGGAACACCCCAACAUAUGUACCAGAACUGAGAGCGUACUGGGCAUGGUAUAUUACCUUGGUCGAUACCUAGAAGACCUUUCUACAGUGACAAAAUCACUACAUGAACUGUCCGAUGCAUCUUGGCUAUGGGGGCUAAAUCAAGACAUUGCCUUUUAAAAGGCAAAAUAAAUUAUUUCAGCAGAUCCAGUCUCAAAUACUAUGAUGCGAACAAACCCACGAUGGUCAGUGUGGAUGCAAACACCUCUAUGGCCUAGGUGUUAUACAGUUGCAACAACACAAAUGUGUGUGCAAACCAGUUGUGUUUUGCUCUCGCACACUCACAGAAGCAGAAAAGUUAUACGGAGUGAAUGAAAACAAGGGCCUGGCAAGUCUAUGGGCAUAUGAAAACUUUUACAGAUAUCUGUGUGGAUGGGAUUAAUUUACAAUGAUAAAAGACCAUAAAACCCUCAUCAAUGGAAAAGGUUUGGAUCAAGCCCUGCCAAGAUGUCAACGUCUAUUGAUAAGCCUAUCCAGGAACAACAACAAUGUAGUGCGUGUGUAUGUGUGAGCAUUGGGCAAUGGGUCUAAGCUGAGAGGAGUAAUGAGGCAACGAAUGCUGGGUCCGGACCUCUGGCCAUUGCUCCUCUGUCUCCAGCUGCUGUGGCAGGUUGGUGAGGGCAAGUGCGUCAAGGACAAUUAUGUAAUCAAUGUGAUGCAGAUGAAUCACUCAGACCUUCCAUGGACCUUCGAUAAAAUAAAACCAGCUGUGCAGCUGGGACUACGUAUUGUAGAAGAGCAGCUGCAGAAGGCAGGAAAAAAUGUGACAAUCAACGCCACCUACCAUGGCUUCAACACAUCACUGUACCUCUCACAGGGCUGUCGCACUACCACCUGUGAAGGUGUGGAGGUCAUCAAGGAACUCUAUAAUAGUGACACACUUGGCUGCGUUGUCCUGGGACCCAUUUGUACUCAUGCCACGUACCAGAUGGUCUCCGUUGACACAAUAUUGGGCCUCCCUCUGAUCUCUGCAGGGAGCUUUGGGCUGUCAUGUGACUAUAAAGACAACCUAACUCGAAUCCUGACUCCAGCCAGGAAACUGAUCUACUUCUUCGUUGAUUUCUGGAAACAGUCCAAUUUGCCAUUUAAAACCAGCUCCUGGGAAUCCACUUACCUCUACAAGACAGAUAACACCACAGAAGACUGCUUCUGGUACCUCAAUGCACUGGAGGCUGGAGUCUCAUACUUCUCUUCAGAGGUGAAGUUCAAAGAGGUUUUAAGGACACCAGAACAAUUAAAGAAAAUUGUGAAGGAUCAGAACCGGAAAAGCAAUGUGAUCAUCAUGUGUGGCUCCCCAGCUGAGGUCGAGACAAUCCUAGGGGAAGAGAAAGUGGAUGAGGACAUAGUCAUCAUCCUGGUGGAUCUUCACAACAACAUCUACUUUCAGAACAACACCAAAUCAGACAGUUAUAUGCGGAAUGUCCUUGUCUUGACGCUGCCACCACCCGAAUUCCACACACCGAAUUCCACAAAUUCCACAGAAGAACACCUGCUGAAUAAUGACUAUAUUGUCGGCUAUUUGGAUGGAGUCUUGCUCUUUGGACACGUCCUGAAGAAACUUCUGCUUUCCCAACAGUCAACUGAGAGUCCCAGAGAUUUCAUUGAACAGUUUCGGAACGUCACAUUUAAAGGUGCAUUGGGUCCAGUGACCCUGGAUGAAUUUGGAGAUCUUGAUGUCAAUUUGUCCCUGUUAUAUACAUCAGUAGAUACCUAUCAAUUCCGGACCCUCCUGCAGUAUGACACUCAUCAGAAUAAGACAAAACCAGUGACUACCAGCCCAUCUUUCAUCUGGAGGAACCAGAAGCUUCCUAAUGACAUUCCAAGCACCGGCCCGCACAUCCUGACUAUCGCUGUCUUUGCACUCACUGGGACCGUGGUGUUGGUUCUGAUCAUCGCUCUGCUGGUGUUGAGAAAGUACAGGAGAGAUAUUGCACUUCGGCAGAAGAAAUGGUCUCACAUACCCCCUGACAAGAUCCUGCCUCUGGAAACCAAUGAGACAAGCCACAUCAGUCUGAAGAUUGAUGAAGACAAGAGGCGUGACACAAUCCAGAGACUGCGCCAAGCCAAAUAUGACAAGAAGGUGGUGAUCCUGAAAGAUCUCAAACACAAUGAUGGGAAUUUCACAGAGAAACAAAAGAUAGAACUGAACAAGCUCCUCCAGAUUGACUAUUACAACCUGACAAAGUUCUAUGGCACAGUGAAGAUGGACACGAUGAUCUUUGGGGUGAUUGAAUACUGUGAGAGAGGAUCAUUGCGGGAUGUCUUAAAUGAUAAGAUCUCCUACCCAGAUGGCACCUUCAUGGACUGGGAGUUUAAAAUCUCUGUCAUGUAUGAUAUUGCCAAGGGAAUGUCCUACCUGCACUCAAGUAAAACUGAGGUCCAUGGCCGCCUCAAGUCCACAAACUGUGUAGUGGACAGCCGCAUGGUGGUGAAGAUCACUGAUUUUGGCUGCAAUUCCAUUCUUCCUCCAAGGAAAGAUCUGUGGACAGCUCCUGAACACCUUCGUCAUGCUGAUGUGUCUCAGAAAGGUGAUGUGUACAGCUAUGGAAUCAUUGCACAGGAGAUCAUCUUGCGCAGGGAGACCUUCUACACUAACUGCUGCUGGGACCAUAAAGAGAAACUUUACAGAGUGGAGAGUGGCAAAGGAGUUAGACCCUUCCGCCCAGACCUGGUCCCAGAGACUGCAGGAGAAGGAGAGCUGGAAGUGUAUAUGCUUGUAAAAAGUUGCUGGGAGGAAGAUCCAGAGAAAAGGCCUGACUUUAAGAAACUUGAGAGCACUCUGGCUAAAAUAUUUAGUAACUACCAUAGUCAGACCAAUGAAAGCUACAUGGAUACCUUGAUCCGACGUCUGCAGCUGUAUUCCCGGAACCUAGAGCAUCUGGUAGAGGAGAGGACGGAGCUCUACAAGGCAGAAAGGGACAGAGCGGACAGGCUUAACUUCAUGCUGCUCCCACGGCCAGUGGUAAAGUCUUUGAAGGAAACUGGGCGGGUAGAGCCAGAGCUGUUUGAAGCAGUAACCAUCUACUUCAGCGACAUUGUUGGCUUCACCACGCUAUGCCAAUACAGCACCCCCAUGGAAGUGGUGGACAUGCUCAAUGACAUGUAUAAGAACUUUGACCACAUUCUUGACCAUCACGAUGUUUACAAGGUGGAGACCAUUGGUGAUGCGUACAUGGUGGUGAGUGGCUUACCAAAGACAAAUGGCAACCGCCAUGCAGUGGACAUCUCUAUGAUGGCACUGGAUAUCCUUAGUUUCAUGGGGUCCUUUGAAUUACAACAUCUUCCAGGCCUGCCUGUUUGGAUUCGCAUUGGGAUUCACUCUGGUCCAUGUGCGGCUGGCGUGGUUGGGAUUAAGAUGCCUCGUUACUGUUUAUUUGGAGACACAGUUAACACAGCUUCAAGGAUGGAAUCCACAGGUUUACCUUUACGGAUUCAUGUAAGUGGGUCUACUAUCGCCAUCCUGAAGAGGACAGACUGCCAUUUCCAGUAUAAAAUGAGAGGAAAGACUUACCUAAAGGGCAAAGGAACUGAGAUUACCUACUGGCUGACAGGGGUGAAGGACCAGCAGUAUAAUCUCCCAACACCUCCUUCUGUGGAGAAUCAGCAGCGGUUGCAAGAUGACUUAGCAGGGAUGAUAACAGAGUGUCUGGAGAAAAGGCAAACUGAAGGGGUCCCGGUGCAUGAGCCUUCCCGAGUGGCCAGCUACCGAAAAGGCACCCUAGAGUACCUGCAGUUGGCCACCACAGAAAACUCCAGCACCUAGCUGUAAAACUGGAUGUCUAGUGUGACAUAAAAACCAUGUACAGGCUUUGGAAGAUACUACACAGAAGCUGGAGACUGGCACUCUCGGGGGGAAAAACAAGACUGUUCUGUCUUUGGGAAAUGUCUCUACCACUUGGCUUUUAUCAGAUAGAUCCUUUGCUGUGAUGCCAAAAUGUAGUUGCCUCCAUGCUUGCUGCAUUUUCCCAAUCACCUGAUUGCUUCACCCCGGCACAUCCACCCUGAUUUGGGGAAAGAGAAAAUAUCCAUUUGAGACUGAAAGAUAUUGUCUAAUAUUUUUUAAAUGUGAUCAGCUGUUCAACGACCCAUUUCCCAAAGUCUUCUCUGUAGAGUCUUACUUUAUCAUGAUUUUAAACUUAGUGUUUAACUUGUUAUGUUAUUAUACUAAACAGAGAUUCUCCCUUAGCUCAAGUGGCAAUGAACUAUGUUUUUGGAGAUAAAUAUUAUGGGUUCCAUCCUCGAUGCCUUUCAUGUACAGGUUAGCACAGACCUCAUAUGUGCAGCCACCAAUGUAUUAUAUGUACAGUCCCUGAAUGCAGUUUUUAUUAGAUCUCUCCUCUCAUGCAUAAUUGGGGUCAUUAAUUCCUGUAUAAGUCCUU